GUGAAAAAUGGAAAAUUAGGUGUGAAAAUGGUGUUUGUGCGGAUCAGCGGUACCUAUGCAUACGUGACUAUGAUGAGUAUGAGAAGCUUCUUGGCUGUCGAGAUCGUAGUCAUUUACACAAUUGUGCUGUGUUCCAGUGUCCCGCUCACACUUACAAGUGUCCCAGCUCAUUCUGCAUCCCACUUAAGAGCCGAUGUGAUGGUAAAAAUGAUUGUGAUAACGGAGAGGAUGAACAAUAUUGUGAUGAUUAUAAGUGUCCUGGAUAUUUCAAAUGCCAAGAUGCAACAAAUUGUAUUUCUCAAGAUCGUGUCUGUAACAAUAUCAAAGACUGUGUCCGUGGUGAUGAUGAACUUUUCUGCAAUGUAGUGUGUCCAGAUGGAUGUACCUGCAAUGGUCUUUCUUUUAACUGUUCUGGUGCUGAGUGGAAGGACAAUAAAGGUGCUCUUGUACCAAGAGAUAUACGAUACUUAAACAUGAGCGGAGUUUCUUCAAAUCCCGUCGAUUCGGUGGAUAAACUACUUUUUGUCAAUCUGAGAAUUUUCAGGUUCCUGGCAAUCUUGGAUAUCUCUGGAAACAGUAUCAGGGCAGUAAAAAACACAGACUUUCAACAGCUGGUGCACCUAAGGACACUUUGCAUCCAAAACAACAUGAUAACGUCAUUAAGUGGUGACAUCUUUAAAGAUUUACACAAUCUAAAAUACCUUGAUAUACGUGGUAACGGGCUGAAAUCAAUAGACUUGAAAACAUUUGCAGGAUUAUCAAACCUGGAAUAUUUAGAUAUAUCGGGAAAUAAUAUUGAUGAGUUCGAUAAAACCGUAUUUAAGGAUCUGGCAUCUGUUAAAAAAUUAAUCUCAGAUGACUAUGCAUUUUGCUGUUUACUAAAUGAGAAAAAAGAUGUCGAUUGUAUACCAGACGCUGACGUCUUCUCGUCUUGUGCAAAUCUGAUGAAGAAAAAGGUCUUACGAGUCUUUUUAUGGUUUUUCGGGUUGAGUGCACUUCUUGGAAACAUGUUCGUGAUCGUAUGGCGGGCAAGAAACCGGCCUGCAGUGAAAAGUCCUUCAUACAUACAGUCUCUUUUGAUAACGAAUCUUGCAGUAGCAGAUGCUCUCAUGGGUGUAUAUAUGGUGAUCAUUGCAAGUGCUGAUGUGUAUUAUCGUGAUGAUUACGUUAUACAUGAUAGAUAUUGGAAAGGAAGUUUUAUUUGUAACUUCGCAGGAAUUCUAGCUUUUCUGUCAAGCGAAACAUCUGUAUUCACUCUUACUGCGAUUAGUUGUGACCGAUUUUUGAACAUAGCAUUUCCAUUUCACAGAUGUCAUCUUACCCCAAAAACAGUGAAAUGUGUGGUGACAGCUAGCUGGACAAUAACGUUGAUCUUGAGCAUCAUCCCAGCGCUGCCAUCGUCUUACUUCAACAGUGAGUUCUAUGGCGUCACAAGUGUCUGUUUGGCAUUACCAUUAACAUCGGAAAGAGUACGAGGAUGGGAAUACACUGCUGCAAUUUUCAUUGGUGUCAAUAUGCUUUGCUUUUUAUUAAUCUUUUUAUCUUACUCUGGAAUUUUCAUUUUAAUUAAAGUAUCUAGUGCAAAACUAAAAAAGAUAGGCCUAGGUAGUAUGGAUUCUGUAAAGAAGCAGCACAUUGCUCUAGCUGUGCGGAUGGUUUUUAUAGUUGCGACAGAUUUUCUUUGCUGGGUGCCAAUCAUAAUCAUGGGAAUACUGUCGUUGACAAGACGAGUUGAUAUACCAGCAGAAGUUUACGCUUGGGCGGCAGUCUUCAUUUUGCCAAUUAAUUCAGCAAUAAAUCCGUUUUUGUAUACCAUCGCAUCAUUGAAGAAAGUUCGGAAACAACUCAAAGCAUCUAAAGUUAUAUCAGAAAACAUAUCUCAAACUGAAAAAUCCACAGUGAAUAUGGUUGCAAGUAAUGAGAAUGAAUACCAACGAAAAAAACGCGAGUUGUCUGUCGUGAACAAAAUAGAAGAAAUAGUAAAUUCUACUGUUGUUACUGGCAACAAUGAAGUUGAUGAUGAGAUAUAUGAACAUCUUUCGAAGGCGCUGCAUUUAGCCAAACAAGUACAGGAAAGUAGUAGCAAAGCACAGGUGAAAACUUCAGAGCAAGCGGUUGGCGUUAAUUCAAACCACUCAUCGCAAGCAGACACGCUGGUGAAGAGCGAUUGUGCAGUGAAAAAUUCCGAGCAACCGGUUGUUGUGAACUCAAACGACGAAUCGGACACGCAGGUGAAGAGCGAUUGUGUAUAUAACCCAGUUUAUGAUGCCAAUUCAUAGUACAUAUUCUUGAAUUGAAAAACAUCUGGAGAAAUGUAAUGUGCUUGAUCAGCAAAUUUUAUAUGUGAAUUGACAGUCAUUCUUAGACCUUGAUUUUAUUAUUUUUGUAAACAUAUUGUAAACUAUCUUUAUCGAAAUAUUUUUUGGAGGGGACAGCUGCUUUGAAAGAGUUAUUGAUUUUAAUUUUUAAAGCUGCAACAAAAAUGUUUCUGUAUUUAUUUGAAAAAAAAACAACCUUAAAAUUUGAACGGAUUCCUCGAGAAUAUAUAAUUUGAGAUAUGUGGGCUCCGGCUUUGGAAAUGCACGGGAUGCACUGCACUCAAUGAUGGAUUUAAUUGAAUUUUAUUCGAAAUUCAUUCUAUAAUAUAGAAUUCCGAGGAUAAAAACAGAAAGGUCAACUUAUUUCAAUUGUGGUCCUUAAAACAUUCAUUACGUCGAAAUAAGAUUUUAUAACUACAAUACUUCAAACAACAAAAAGCAGCACAAAAUUUCCUUAAAAAAAAGAAAAGAAAAGAAAAGCAAAUUACUGAAGCCUGUGAUUAACAAUUUGGUUUUUUUUUUUAUCAAUUUUAAUUAAUUUACUUACUUACUUACUACUUUACUGCCGGUCCGCCAGAUAGUAGGAUGACCUCGGCUGAAUUUGCUUUUGUCUAGGAUUACUUUCCUCCAAUCAUGUCUGCUUUCUGCGAUUCUUCGUAUUGUUUCUACAUCUUUUAAAUUAUUGAUCUUGGGUGGUAGUGCAGAUGGUAACCGUCUGUGAAAGGUGAUCAGGUUGUUCGAUAAAGUAACUGGUAGUGUGGUUCGUGAUCGUCCUCUAUAUUUUUGAUGUUUAGAGUUCUCGAAAUAGUAGUUUAUUGCUUCAUUAGCUGGGACUUACCUUUGCAAUCUAAAAAUGUGACCGAAAAGUCUCCAUCCAGAGGUGACGGAACUAGGGGGUGACUGCGUUAUGGAGAGUAAUGUGUGACCGGAAAUGGUCUGCAGUCAGUUGGUUGUUACCAUGCGCCAGUGAUGUUGCAACAUGAAACUAUUUAUGUA